CAGAAACAAAUGGAAAGAAUAUAAAAAAUUUUGAAUUUUGAAGCAGUGUAGGCCGUAGGGAAAUAGACAAAAACGGGAGCAGCAGAUGGAAGUGUUGUAACUUCUGUGUAGAAAUUCCAGAUUCCACAUCCUCUGCUUUCCUUCCAUGGCUGCUGACUCAGCCUAAUGAAGAAGAGACCCAUCUCAUUUUCUCACACAUCUCUUUCACGUCUGCAACCCAAAAGCUUAAACUGUAAUGAUAAUAUAAAAACAAAUUACAGCUAUUUUAUGGUCUAUUGCCCCACAUCCUUACCUCCAUGUCUUCCACUCAACACCAUUUUAAACCCUUCUUCCCCAGCAACUUACUGCUACUACUGCUCUGAGUAACUAGUAUUUUCACUUCGAAUAUGAUGCAUUUCCCAGCAUGGAAAGCCAUGGCAAUGGCUGCUGCAAUUUUCCUUCAGGUGGGUUUUCCCUUGGAAGUCGAGUCUUCUUCAGCUCGUUCUGAUAAGAUUGAUAGGCUACCGGGACAACCCCAUGUGGGUUUCCAACAAUAUUCAGGUUAUGUCACUGUGGAUGACAAGAAAGAAAAGGCUCUCUUUUAUUAUUUUGUUGAAGCAGUAAAGGAUCCUUCUUCAAAGCCUCUGGUUCUCUGGUUGAAUGGAGGGCCUGGUUGUUCCUCACUGGGAGUAGGGGCAUUGUCUGAAAAUGGACCUUUUAGACCACAUGGAAGAACAUUGGUUAGAAAUGAAUAUAGCUGGAACAGAGAAGCAAACAUGUUAUAUUUAGAGACACCGGUUGGAGUGGGAUUCUCUUAUGCUGCCAAUAGCUCAGUCUAUGAGGCAGUGAAUGAUGAGAUAACAGCCAGGGACAAUCUUGUAUUCUUGAUACGGUGGUUCGGAAAGUUUCCACAUUACAAGCACAGGGAUUUGUUUAUAACAGGAGAAAGCUAUGCAGGCCACUAUAUUCCUCAACUUGCGAAGCUUAUGAUCGAAAUGAACAACGAUAAGCAGUUAUUCCAUUUGAAAGGAAUUGCUCUGGGAAAUCCUGUUCUGGAAUUUGCAACGGACUUCAACUCAAGAGCUGAGUACUUCUGGUCUCACGGGUUGAUAUCAGAUUCGACGUACAGAAAGUUCAGCAAAGUCUGCAACUAUUCUCGAUAUGUGAGUGAGUACUAUAGGGAUUCAGUUUCAUCUAUCUGUUCAUGGGUUAUGACACAAGUGAUCAGUGAAACCAGUAGGUUUGUGGAUAAUUAUGAUGUUACUCUCGACGUCUGUAUUUCAUCAGUUCUCUCACAAUCCAAAGUAUUAAGUCCUCAUCAUGCGUCGGAGAAAAUAGAUGUUUGUGUGGAAGAUGAAAUCGUGCAUUAUUUAAACCGGAAAGAUGUGCAGAUGGCUCUCCAUGCUCGACUUGUUGGAGUACGCAGAUGGCUUGUUUGCAGCAACAUUUUGGAUUAUGACCUGCUAAAUCUUGAGAUUCCAACGAUUCCUAUUGUCGGAUUCCUUGUCAAGGCAGGAAUUCGAGUCUUGGUUUACAGUGGAGAUCAAGAUUCUGUAAUCCCAUUGACUGGAAGCCGCAAACUGAUCCAUAGACUGGCACAGGAAUUGAGUCUAAACAAAACUGUCCCUUAUAGAGCAUGGUUUGAAGGCAAGCAGGUCGGUGGAUGGACUCAAGUUUAUGGUAACAUUCUCUCAUUUGCGACCAUACGAGGUGCUUCUCAUGAGGCUCCUUUCUCACAGCCUGAAAGAUCACUUAUGCUAUUUAAAUCAUUUCUGGAAGGCAAAAAUCUACCCAAAAUUUUCUAAUAUAAGGCCAAGAACUGUAGUAGUUAGGUUGAGAUUGUAGGUAAUUCUGCCUGUGUUGUUUACAGAUACAUACAGAAUUUGAUCUUAUAGAAGAAGGUAAAAAAAAAAAAUGGAAUUGUAAAUUCAGUUUGCUAAAUGGUUGAUUUGUCGAUUUUCAG